AUGGCGCCAGCAAGAGGAGCAGUAGGCGCAGAAAAAAAGGGCCGUAAGAAGAAGAGCAAGAGCCGGACGCAGAUCGAAAUCUCGUCUUCAGAAAGCGAGGGCGACACGCCACAGCAGAGCAGCAAGAAGUCCAGCAAAGCCAGCGCAGUGCCAUCGAAGAACCAGCAGAAUGGCGACAUACCUAUGACAGACGCACAUGAUGCACCAACAUCAUCGCCAUGUACAUCACCGUCACCAGCAACUUCAGCGCCAACACCAUUAAAAUUCAAGACAACUCAAAAUGAUCCAGAAGAGUUUUCGUCCAUUUACCUGAAAAAGGUCACGGCAGAGCUUGCGGAUGACCUUGUCAAAGUUCGCGACGCACAGGAUUUCAAGGCGAGCAGUUUGCCUAUGCUUGUACAUGCGUUGAGGCAGGGGUCGAGCAUCUACUCGGCGGAGGAGAAGAAGAGGAUUGUCAAUGCGACUGGCUAG